AAUGGUCGGGGCGGCCGUCAAAGGCCUCCACAUGCGUGGUUUAUCGCCACUGUUUGUAUAGGUAUCAGGAUGGCCCCACUUCCGACGUCGUUUUUCAACUUUGCGCUUUUCAUAAUUCCUGAUUUCGAUUCUUUACACAGUGAUACAACAGCUACCGUGCAUACGGAAACUCAUCUCCUCAAUGUUCGAGACAGACUCACAGACACAACUGGGAGAGCUUCUGAUGGGGCAAAGUCUCUCUUUGCCCCGUCUCAGCUCACUGGUACUAGAUGUCUGGUUGUCUGUCAUACAAGAGAAGACCUGGGCAUUAAAUGAGAGUCCAAGUGUACAGAGCAACGUGUCAGUGAACAGUCCAUUGUCUUUCGUGGGCAAUCUUGAAGAACACCGAGACAUACACUGGGACAGGGACGAUACCAAUGAUUGUGUCGCCGAGACAACUGCAACCAGAAGUACACUCGACGACUCAGCUGCGAAAGAUAGCAGAUGGAACAUGGAGAGAUUUCUUCUAAAUGAGGAACGCAAUCGUCUAUGUCUGUGGCUAUCGGCAUUUUCGGCUGAGGAGCUUGACCGCCUCAUCAACGUGCUAAACAGCCCUUCAUUGCACGUUUUUGGUAUAGCUACUCUGGAGUCUUUUGUGAGAAUUGGAGAAGCUCUGUUAAAGCACACAAAUCCAACGAAUAACAGCGACUAUCAGUUGCAGACGCGGGAUGAACUCAGAUCAAUGAUUCAAAUUGGAAACCGCUGUAUUCUCGACUUGUCCCAGACACUUGGAUCUGAGGUUGAUAGGAGCAGCAUCAUUUGGGAUGUUUCAGAAGGUUGCAGCACAGCAAGCUCCUACUUGUCACUCGUUCCAGGCGGCAGUGACAACACACUCCAUUCCACUCUGAAGUCUGAGAUUGCUACGCUGCACGAGCUAGGAUAUGCCAUUCGUCGAAGCUUUGCCGAAAGAUCUUGACAUGAAGUUGGAUCAAAUCAGCUGGAGUAUUUACUUGAGUUCUUACAAGCGUACUUUUCCGCUCGUGGUCCAAAUUACCUUAUCAGCGUGAAAUGCAUGUGCUCAUCUAAACCCGGGAAAAGAGAGUAUAGCAAUGUUCUAUUCUAUACAGUAAACUGAAU